AUUCCGGUAAUUUUUCAUCACCGAUCCUCAGCUCCCCAGCCUCUGUUCCUCAGUUUGGAGGCCAAGGAAUCCAAGCAUGGAGGAAUUGCUCGUAGCCAUUCUCUCUAUGCUCCUCGUCGUCGGUCUAAUUCCAUUGUACAUAUGGAAGCGCCGCCAAGAUUCUCGAUCACCUGAUGAACAGCAAGAAGAGCCCCAGCCGAGGGAGGCCGUGGUCCGGGCCACUGGGGCUUCUCGGACUCGCAUGCGGCGGAGACCUGCUGCUGGAGCCAGUUCAUCGACGGCUGCGGCACCAAUCGCUGAAGGUGGGGCAGAUGAGUAUUAUACUGCUAAAGCAUCAAAGAAAAAAGAGAAAAAACGUCAGGAGCGGGAAGCACAAAGACAGGCCAAUGAAGCUGCACGUGAGUCAAGAUCGACCAAACAAGACUAUUAUGCUGAAAUGCGGAGGAAGAAGGAUGAAGAACACGAGGCAAAGGAGCGUAUGCUGGAAGAAGAAGCCAAGGCUCAAAAAGCCAGGGAGGAGGAAGCGGCUGCAUUAGAGUUUGAGAAAUGGAAAGUGGCAUUUUCAGUUGAUGACGAAGGAACGAUGGAGAACGAAGGUCAAGAUGGGAAUCAAAAUCUGCUGUCCGAUUUUGUGGAGUACAUAAAGGUAGCAGAAUAUUUUUGUCUCUACACUCCUGAUCUAGGAGAUUCUAGUCUUUCGAUAAAGCCUGCAAGCUUGCCUGUUCUCAAGUCUAUGCAACAUACUCCGUCUAUUUUUCAGAAGCAAAAAUGUGUUCCUCUAGAAGAUCUUGCUGCAGAAUUUAAGAUGCGAACUCAGGAAUGCAUCAAUCGAAUCACCAACUUGGAAAGCAUGGGACGGCUUUCAGGUGUGAUGGAUGAUCGAGGAAAAUACAUAUACAUCUCCAUGGAAGAGAUGAAGGCGGUUGCAGACUACAUCAAGCGCGAAGGGAGGGUUAGCAUAUCACAUCUAGCUAGCAAGUCAAACCAAUUCAUUGAUCUGGAGCCAAAAGCACAGUUUGUCGAGGAAGUCAGCGACGUGGUCGAGGCAAUACCUGCAGCUUAACCGUUGUGGCCUCGUGAAAAUGACUGAAAGAAGCAGUGUUGGUGUAAGAUGACAAAGGAUGAGAUACGAGACCUUACUGUAGUUGUGUAAAUUAGUUGAAAGAGACUAAACAGAUCGAGAAAAGGGAAACUAGUGACAGGAUUGGGAAGCUAGCAACUAGCAAGUACUCUUGAGCCGCAGCUUGAUAGAUUUAUGUCGUUAUCUGAUCGGCUCAGCUCAGUUUUCAAAAUACUCGUGUUUGAAUGUUAACUUUGUCAUUUCAAAUGAUCAAUAGCUGUUUGGCAAUAUACGU